AUGAAACUAUCAUCACCAUUUCAAUGGUUUCUCGAUUUUGUAAACGGUUUUCUCUUUCUGGCAUUUUCGCUUUUCUUUCCUCAUCUUUUGACCUUGCUAUCUAGCGAAUAUUUCUUUUAUCUAUCUAUCUAUCUAUCUAUCUAUCUAUCUAUCUAUCUAUCUAUCUAUCUAUCUAUCUAUCUCUAUUCGUCUCUAUCUAUCCUGCUAUAUAUCGCACUGUUCGUAUCUAUCCAGCUAGUUAGCUAUCUCAUUACGUUCAUAUCUAUCUAUCUAUCUAUCUAUCUAUCUAUCUAUCUAUCUAUCUAUCUAUCUAUAUGUUGUGCUAUCUCACUACGUUCAUAUCUAUCUAUCUAUCUAUCUAUCUAUCUAUCUAUCUAUCUAUCUAUCUAUCUAUCUAUCUAUCACAUUCAUCACUAUCCUUCUUCUACAUUCUGUUUUAUUUUCCCCUGUUUUUCUAUGCAUUCUUCUGCCAUUAAACAAAUUCCUUCUUUCUUUCUUUCUUUCUUUCUUUUCUUUCUUUCUUUCUUUCUUUCUUUCUUUCUUUUUUUUUUCUGUACACGUUUCCUCCAAAGGCUAUUCGUUAGAAUUAUCACCAAUGGGAAGUUCUUUCUUUCUUUCUUUCUUUCUUUCUUUCUUUCUUUCUAUCUAUCUAUCUAUCUAUCUAUCUAUCUAUCUUUCUUUCCUUUGUAG